GAGAGCGUUUGUUUUUAUUUACAUUCGGGAAUCAUGACUUGAACUACAUUUAUAUUUCUUUUAGCAUAGUAGCCUUGAAAACAGCUAGUUCUAUAAUCUUUUUUUCCGCUCUAUAAUUACUUAACCGUCAUCUGCUUAUUAUUAACGUAAAAUAUUUUAUUUGUCUACUAGAUGAUAUUAAAUCUGCAUAUCGGCGAGUUGAACGACUGAGUAAAGGAGAAACGUUUGAAGAAUCUGAGCAAGUAAAGUGUUUGAGAAUAGCGAAUAAAAAGUAUGCUGAUGAUUACGAAAUCGGGGAAUUUUCAAAAGCUAGUGAGAAAGCUCUAUCGCAAGAAUCGACCAGGACUACGCCGCCCUCAGUGAAAAAGUCGUUAGCCAAGAAGCCCACACAACAAAACAUUUCAAAUUUCCCAUCUAUACCGAAUAGUAGUGUCCCCGAAGUAUCCGGAAAACGUGGGGUGGAUAGAGGCAAAUCUUUGAAAGCUGUCAUUCAAACGGCCACAGUCAGCACUGUUUCAAAUUCCGAAUCAUUAGAGAAAGAUAUGGUUGCGCCCGAAGGAUUAUUUAAGCGCAAUUGUCAGGUCACGUUGACGCGAUAUGAAGAUAUGAGCAACGACUCUGGUAUCAAUAUUGACACAAUUGAAGAACCAUCACAUAUACAAGAUUUUGAAAGUUCAUACCAGGAGACAACGCAGGCAUCUAGAGCGACCAAUGCAAGCAAAGUCCGCGAUAUCAACUUCAUCAGUCAAAAGAGACGAAGCAAAAUCCAGAAAAAUACUUCAGAAUUAGAAAUGGUGUUGACUCCUGCUCAAAUGAGUCGUCUACUGAUCAAAAUGGAUCAGCGAAGUAAGCGAACAGAAAAAUGGUGA